AAUUUUGGGUUCCCUGCCCCUUUCCUGUUGCCAUAGUACAUAGCCAGAGGGUCGUAAGUAUCGGUUUUUGUUCCACGUUUCCGCAGAUUCUGUGUCUGGCUUGCAUAGUGAUAUGGUCAGAGUCGAUCGAUAGCAAGCGAUUGACAGUCUAGUGGCUAUAGCGGUGGAUUCCCACGAGAGAAGUGAUAGGUUCAAAUCUAUGCAAGUCAUAAUCAAUUUUCAUAAUUUUUCCUUGUUUUUUCUAUAUUUUUAAAGCAAAUUAGAUGGAAUGCCUAGAUUGUGUAAAAAAUGCGAGUUUUUUCACAUUUUUUAAAACAAAAUCUGAAUUUGUUUUCUUUGGCAAGGACUUAGAAAAAAAAGCAAAUUCAGAUUUUGUUGAAAAUAAUGUGAAAAAACUCGCAUUUUUUCACAAUCUAGGCAUUCCAUCUAAUUCGCUUUGAAAAUAAAGAAAAAACAAGGAAAAAUUAUGAAAAAUUGAUUCUGACUUGCAUAGAUUUGAACCUAAUACCACUUUAGUGGGAAUCUACCGCUUUAACCAUUCGACUGUCAAUUGCUUACUUUCAGUCGACUCUGACCAUAGCACUAUGCAAGCCAGACACAGAAUCUGCGGAAAUGUGGAACAAAAACCGAUACUUACGACCCUCUGGCUAUGUACUAUGGCAACAGGGAAGGGGCAGGGAACCCAAAAUUGGUCCCACACAGAAGCGUACGAUGAUGGGCCGUGACUAUAGUAGGCCAUGCUUAGGAGCGUCUGUUUCUGUUAUUCAGUUUUCAAACGCCAAAACACGUUGGAAACUGCUGUUGGUUUCGGUAAUUCUUCUUCUACUUAGGUCGUGAAGUAAACAAAAAUAUUGCUUAAAGAAUGAAGAUUGAGGAGUUGAAUUCGAUGAGUUAUAGGGAGAUCGAAAAGCUGGCGAAAGAGAAGCUCAACAUCACUCGUCGUGGCCGUGUGUCCAAGGAAAUUCUUAUUGAGCAACUACUACAACACCACCAAAACCUCCUUGCAGACAAUCAUUUCAUAUCAACUGACGAGACCACAGAUGAUUCAACAAUGGAAUCAGAAGUUGUACAAGAACCAACUAUCCCAAGACGUGGCAGGAAACGUGGAAACCAAAAGUCAAAAGAACAGCAAAAAGCAUUGCCAGUUAGCAAGAAGGCAAAGAAGGAGUGUGUUGAACACACUUUAAACUCAACAUUUUCAGUCGACGAGGAUUCCGAUGAUGCUAAAAAGAAAGAUUUGCCUUCAAUUGAAAAACCUAAGAAGGCUAUCCCCAAAAACUUGAGGGGAAGAAAAAAGGUUUAUUUGACGGAAGAAUCAUCAACGAAUGAGUCUGAAAAUGAGAAAGUUCCUGCCAAACAAGUGAAGAAAAUUAAAAGUGUUGAAGCAAAAGAGCAAUCUGUUACCCAGGAAUCAGAACCUGAAAAUAAAGCAGUGGAGGGUAAGGUUCAAAUAUUGGAUAAUGCUAUUGAAAAGUCACCAGAGAUUCAAUCAGUGGCUGCAAAAGUUCCCAAGAGAAAGCUGAAAAAGUCCGCAAGCGCUGGUGAACAGCAUGUCACUGGAAAUGUUGCUGAAAAGAUACCUGCUAGGAGAACCAGAAGUUCUGACAAAGUUGUUGAACCUGAUCAAUCAGUGAAAGCUGCGAUCACACCCAAAAGCACACCUACUGUAGCCGUUCCUUCUCUACCAGAGCCUACAAGCCCACCAGUCGUCUUGGUAGCAAAAAAGACUUUACUGCUGAGGACAUCAAGCCACCCGGUGAGGAGCCGUAAGCCAUCUGCAAAUUUGAACACUCCUGCAAAAGUGGCAGUGACGCCAGCGGCCAGCGCCAAGAAGGGAGUUCAAUUUACAGCAGCCAGUACCGACAACUCCUCCAACAUCCCGAAAAUGGCCAAACGCAAAGCUGCACCCAAUUUUGCCGAAAUUCAUCAGAAACAUUUCUUGAAAAUGCAGUCGGUUGACGAGUAUGUGGACAAGAAACGCGCCAGGACCGACACGAUGAACGCCAGCGCUAAAGCCGUUCGCACCAAGUCGGUUCUGAACAACGCUCAAACUAAACCGUCGACCCCGCAGGUGAAAACCGACGUAACAACCGAAUCGAUUGCAACACCGACGGCCAAACCAGACAUGAAAUUCAACUUUGUAUCAGGUUUACAAAAGCCCGUUUUUACGGCAAAGGGUCAAGUGGUCAACGGAAAACAACGAGUGAUGGCCACGGUUAAAGAAAACCUCCAAAAUAAUAACGCAUCCCAAAUUCCAGCAGUGACGACAAAGACAGCAGCUUCUAUAGGCGGCAAGAGAAAAGCUUCUAUGCUGAACGCGUCGAGAGAUGUAAACACGUCCACGCUGUCAAUGGCUGGUAAGCAGAUCCUAAAAGGUGUCAGGAUAAACAGACGUUUCGAAUUGCAAAUGCAACAUCGUAACAUGAAAAACUAAACGGGAGAAGAAAACGAACAACAAUUUUUAGACGUUUGCGUCAGAGUAUCUGCCUAGCUGAUCCGUUAGCGACAAAAUUUUUCGACUCAAUCUAGCGUUAUGCUCCUUUAAAAAGUGAAUUGCUUCAGCUUGUUUUUCCAGUAAAGUGUCGUCCGUCGUUUCUCUAAGAGUUUCAAGAAUUUGAAUACAUGAUUUUAAGGCUU